AUCAUGGCUCGCUCACCCUCGCGCUCGAGCGACGGCGCCGGCUCUGAACACCGCGUGCGCGCCGAACCACGCCUGCUGAAGGCAAUCGAAGAGCGCAAAUACGACGAGGUUGCCGCCAUAAUCGAAGAUGCAAAGUCCAAAUCCCAACCUUCCGAACACCUCCUGCGCAUCGGGCUCAUGCGCGCCGCCGAACGAAACAAUAUCGCGAUCGCCGAAUACCUGCUCAAGAACGGCGCGAAGCCAGACGGCGCACCCGGUAAUCGAAUCUCGCCGCUGCUGCGCGCCAUCGAGAAGAACCACGUCGGAAUUGUGCAGCUUCUUCUGAAAUAUGGAGGCAAUGUGGACGUCACAGAUAAACAGGGGCGAACUGCACUCAUGGUAGCAGCCUGGCGGAAUCACUGGCACAUUCUGAACGAGCUCCUGCGCAAGGGCGCUGAUGUCAACAAAACGGAUAACGAGGGCAGAAAUGUACUGCACAAUCUGGCGGCGGACAAACAGUGCGAUUGGGGGAGCUAUGUGAUCGAUCUGUUGCUGAAGACGAACAUCGUCAUCGAUUACCAGGACGAUCAGAAACGCACGCCGCUCCACUGGGCAGCCGCUCUGGGAAAGAAGGAACUUUGCGAGAUGCUGUUGACGAGGUCGAAACCGCCCAGGGCCAAUAUCCACGCUGGAGAAAACAAGUCAAAAACACCACUUCACUUAGCCGUAAUACACAAUCGGGAUGAUAUCGUGGACCUGCUAAUCCACUACGGCGCGGAUGUCACGGCGAAGAGUGAUGGCGGUUGGACUCCCUUACAUAAUGCUUGUCAGGAGGGUAGUGUAAAGACUGUCAGGAUGUUGCUUGAGGCAGGUGCAGACAUAAACGCAAGAGUUCUGAGUGGAUCAACGCCUCUACAUGAAGCGUCAUCGGCAGGCCACCUCGAAGUAGUUAAGCUCCUAUUGGGGCGUCAAGACUGCAAGCGUGCCCCAAGAGAUAGUUUUGGUAUUACACCAUUCAUUCGCGCAGCUAAGAAGAAAAAUAAAGAGAUUGUCAAUAUACUGGCACCAUUCAAUCAUGUCGACUCGUUGAACUCGGACGCCCUGGGCGCUUGCAACGGAUUCAAAGCUACAAUUGUUGAUUUUGGCAACUUCCACAAUGGCAAUCGAGUAGCGAAACGCUCGAUUUUUGAAGUCCUAUAUGGUCGUGACCCAGGCAAUCACCGCAAACCUGCCUUUACAGCCCUUCCGCGAGAGGCCAAGUCGGUCACCUUUCGAUGGAUUCAUCUCCCCGCAAACAACAUAGCGUGGGUGGAGACACUUCUCACGAAGAUAUUCGUAGAAGAGGGUGCUUCUGACGUACCUGGUUUCAUGGCAUUGGAAAGCUCAAUCCGCCAUCAGCAUCGGGGCAGGCAAAUUCAUUCGCAUUAUAUGCGCCCACUCUGCCAGACGACACCUCGAGCUCCGCGGACACAUGAUGAAUCUGAUUUGUCGGACGCAGCGGACCAAGGACCACCGCAAAUUGUAGUCAACUCCACCUCAGGGUUAGGCAUCAGCACAACGUCUGGAGCGCAAGAAUCUACUUCACUGCCUUACCCCAAACCACCAGCCAGGACAGGGACCGUGUCUACCGAUCAGACUGACUGGACUGUGGCUUCAGGCUCUACGAAAGACUCAAAGACCAAUACCAAGGGCGGAUCCCGACAGAAGAAACUCGCGAAAUGGGGUGGUUCCAAGUCAGCAAGUGGCAAAUCUGGUGGUGCGGAAACACCUACCAAACACUCCGAGAAUCGCGCACGCCCUCGCCAAUCUAGCACACCUUUGACAAGUAGCGGGCAUUUACGUUCGCCAGGGAGCCCGGGACGAAAGGAUCCGACGUCGACCGCAAAGGGGAACAUUUUUGCGUUCAUGCCAUAUCUACAUUUCGAAACCGACCGAAAGAGACAAGAAAUGCAGACUGCCAUCAAUUAUGCGCAGAUGGAGAGAGAAAGAGACAGGCUGGACGGAAGAGCCCACAGAUCUACGCCGUACAGAGCGCAGACCGACGACGAAAUGCUUGUCCGCGCACAUGUGACUUCAUCUGCUGUCUCCCUUCAUGUGCGAAGAACACUGGAUCAAUCAUUCUACCACAACAUUGACACAGAAUCCCGCGAUCAAGAUCAAGUGGUAUAUCGCUACCAGUGCAGAGGCCGGCCACCCGAGGAGACAGGUAUCGACCCCAAAGUUCUCAUGGUGGACAAUCUAUGGAUGUACAUCCUCGGCAAGGACCUCAUUGUGACUGCGUUUCCGCAACGUUGGCAACAACCAAAGAAUGAUCCACUGAAUGUACUUGACGGUAUCAUCGAGGAUGUCAACAGCAAGACAAGGGAGCCCAUCAGAUCAGUCUACGAUCUCUCUAUGGUGAUCACUGGACGAUGUUCUGGUGUGUUUGAUCGCCACCGUAUGGGCGAUGAGAACUACCAGUUUAUGGAUAUGUUUGAAGCCUCCAUUGGUGACGCGACAGAUAUGGAGACCAUUCUCUUCAAAGAGUUCAAUACUGCUUCAGCUCAAGCAUCGCAAUGGCUGAAACGACAUCGCAAGUCCAGUCGUUUUUCACGCCAUCUAGAAGCGGAAGAGCGUCACAUCGAGCAUGAGAAUAGACGGCUUGCCCAUUCGCACAGCCAUCUCCACGCCCUUUCUCAUCCUGCCGACGAGGAAGAAUACUUCUACGAUGAAGAUAUGGGCAUCACGCAUACACCGCUAUUCGUCGACAAACUUCUUGAUAUUGGUGCGGAAACAGAUCUCCUCGCCGAGAUCAAAGACAUCCGCGACGAAAUCAACAUGAUUACCAAAGUUCUUGAAGACCAACGAUCUGUGAUUCCGGACCUCGAAAGCUCCAUCACUGACAUCUACCGCGAAGAACACAAAAGUCAGCAGGACUUGAAACGGCGCUUCCGUGAUCAGUUGAAGACAAUUGACAUUCACGUCAAAGAUCUCGAGCGUAUGGAUAAACAAGCCGAACGCAUUUACAAUUCCAUUACGAAUCUUCUGGAUCUGAAGCAGAAACACGCCAACGCCUUCGAGGCUCGAUUCGCUCGCGACCAAGCUGCUGGCACUGCACGCCAAAGUCAAACCAUUAUGGUCUUCACCAUCGUCACGAUCAUCUUCCUCCCCCUCUCCUUCAUCGCUGCCAUUUUCACGAUCAAUAUCCAGGAAUUUCCGCACAUUGAAGGCGAGAGCGAGCCGUCCCUACCAUUCUCGUAUGUCAGCAAAUACAUGUUCGGAAUCGGUUUCGCCAUCAGCAUUCCCCUCAUCGCAAUCGCAAUUAGCGUCGAUUCCAUCCGCGACUUUUUCCAGGAACUAUUCCGCAGCUCCAAAAGUCACGCUCGAUCUGAUCAGGGAUCUUCAUCUUUGUACACCGAAAACAAGGACUAUGUCGGGACUGCAGGAGAUUACAACGUCGAUAUGCGCGCUUUGGAGAAUGCACUGUCUGCAGGCCGCAGCACUGCGCGUCCCAGGCGAAGCGGUGAAAGCUACGCGCACAGUUUCCUCGCUGCUCGACGCAGUGCGUCGCUCAUGCCACCUACGAGCCGAGGCACUGCGGCUUCGCCGUCCAAGAAAGACUUCUUCCUUACGAAUACACACUUGAGCGCGAAUGGGAACGGGGGUGGAAGUGGUGUGCCCGGAAGGAGAGGAAGUGCCGCGACGGUGCAACGGCCUCAACCCGUCGAAAGAGUGAGCACUGGGUUUAGGAUGAGAAGAAGUCUAGAUGAGGAGAAAGGCGGUUGA